AUGAAAUUUUACUUUGCUCUCAAACUAACCGCUGGCCUCGUAUCUCUCUCCUUUGCUCGGGAGUUUGACGGUUCUAGUAGUAUGGGAGCUAUAGCAGAUGUAGGAGGCGUGCACAGCAUUGCGGGUAUGCGAGCUAUGGAAGUUAUGGGAGGCAUGGAAACUAUAGGGGCUAUGCGAGCUGUAAGAGACAUGGGUAUGAUGCGAAUAGGCGUAAAUGUUACGUAUUCACGCAUAAACAGAAUGGGAAUCAUCAGUAUCAAACUCCUUAGACCUUAA